AUGGGCGUCCGGGCCCAACCCAGCAAUGAAAGGCUGAGAACUAACUGGACACCAGAAAUGGAUCGUUACUUCAUUGAUCUUAUGCUAGAGCAAGUUCAGAUGGGGAAUAGGAUUGAUGAUCAUUUAUUCAGCAAAAGAGCAUGGGGGCACAUGACAGCAUUGUUCAAUGCAAAAUUCAGAUUUCAAUAUGAAAAGAAUGUACUGAAGAAUCGGCACAAAACAUUGAGGAAUCUGUACAGAGCUAUAAGGAAUCUUCUUGAGCAGAGUGGGUUCAGCUGGGAUGAAACACGGGAAAUGGUGAUCGCUGAAAACCAUGUUUGGGAUGACUAUAUCAAGGAACACCCUGAGGCUCGAUCAUACAGAAUGAAAACAGUGUCAUACUAUAGUGAUUUGAGUGUGAUGUAUAGUAAAACAACCACAGGUGGAACAGAAGGAACUGAUAAACAUUCGGAUGAUGAUAUAAUCCUUGACAAUAAUAGCUCAGCAAGGCAAGAAUUGGAGUCCCUAAAUUCUCUGGCUUCUCCCAUCGAAUGUGAUGAUCUGGUUGACAAUAUGCUGGAAUUGUCACAAUUCAGUAUGAAUACAGAUAUAACUGAUCAACAGAACUCAUCAAGUACUUGGCGAAGAAGCGCUUGCAAGGACACUGUUAAUCAUCUCCCUGAGAUCACUACUGCAACUGCACCUGUUGCGAAUGAGAAGGAACAGAAGAUCAACUCUGUCUCAACAGAAAACGUUUUUGAAGCACUUCAGCCUGUACCAGAUAUAUCAGACCCCACUGUUACUAAUCGUUCAAGGACUUACUGGCAACCACCAAUGGACCGUUAUUUCAUUGACCUUAUGCUGGACCAAGUACAUCAAGGGAACCAGAAUGAUGGUCUGUUCCGCAAACAAGCAUGGAUGAUUAUGAUUGCAAACUUUAACGCAAAGUUUGGCUUUAAAUAUGACAUUGAGGUACUGAAAAACCGUUACAAAUCAUUGAGGAGGCAAUACUCUGUUUUAAGGAGUAUCCUUGACCAUAAUGGUUUUGUCUGGGAUGACACACGAAAGAUGGUGACAGCUGAUGACUAUGUUUGGCAGGAUUAUAUCAAGGCACACCCUUAUGCGCGGCAAUACAUGACUCGACCUGUGCCCUACUAUAAUGAUUUGUGCAUGAUAUGUAGAGAUCUAACUGUCGAUGGAGGAAACAAUUGUUCUGGUAAUGACAUGGGGAGAAUCUCUAAAGUGGAGAUUAGCAAAGAGUCUAGAAAUCUUCAGUCUCCAGCUGUAUCUGUUGCACAAGAAGAUCUAGUUGACUAUUUGCAGGACUCGUCAUCUCAUUUGGGUGGGGAUAUAGAUGCAUCUGACCAAAAGAACAAAUGUCGAUUCAGGGCAUCAUCAACGUCACAACAUUCUAAAAAAGUUCGGAGAAGCAAUUGUGGGGGUAUGAUGGAAGCUAUUCGUGAGAUGGCAUCUGCAGUUACGUCGUUAGCAGAUAAGAACAAAGAGAACAAUAACUGCAACUCUGUCUCAAUAGAGAAUGUCAUUGAAGCAGUUCAGGCUGUACCAGAAUUGGAUGAAGAACUCUUAUUGGAUGCUUGUGAUUUUUUGGAGGAUGAAAAAAUGGCCAAGACAUUUUUGGCCCUAGAUGUCAAACUAAGAAAGAGGUGGCUGGUAAGGAAACUUCGUCCAUAGUACGCCUAUGAUGUGUCAAACUUUUGGUCAGUUUCUCCUCUUUAGAUGAUUAAUAAACAUGGUGUCAACAUUGUAUGGGUACUCUGUGGUUAUUAGUUUGAUCCACUUAUAAAUAAACAAUUUGAUUUAUUUAGGAACUAUCUAAUCUCUUGAACCGUUUAUGCUGCUGUACC